AUGCGCAGCCUGUUUCUAAAGGCCGCGGCAUGUAUUGCUUUUCUCUUAUGCCUCAGCUGGUAUGGACAAGCACACUUCUAUCGCGAUCCUGGGAGUGUCUUCUUCGAUAAGACGCGGGCGUAUGAAACCCACUACUCCAAGAAUCGCAAAGCCGAAGCACAACAAGUGAUAGAGUCAUACAUGAAGGAAAAUCCUGCAACGGAUCGAAAUAAGAGCAUUUGCAUAGCACUUAGCUCUGUGACACGGCAGACGCAAUACCUCCCGAUGACAGUCGGCAGUUUGUUGCACGGCCUUACGAAACUGGAGCGAGAUGAUCUUCACAUCUCCGUUCUCAUUGCAGAACCCGAUCCCACGCGCCAUCCGAACUGGAACGAGACAUGGCUCCGCCAAGCAGUCGACGAUGUUUUUACUUACGAUCUCGACGACAAAACGAUGGCGCACUUGCGCCAACUCCAAAACACCCAAAGCUACCUUGAGAAGGGUGUCUUUGACUACACCUAUGCCCUCCAGCGAUGCUACGACACAGGCGCAUUGUAUAUCGGAAUGUUUGAGGACGACAUCAUCCUGGCAGAUGGAUGGUUCAUACGGACUCUUCGAGGUUUAGCGAGAAUACCAGGUUCUACCCAGGAUUGGUUGUUCAUGCGCUUGUUCAACCAGGAGAGGUCAACUGGCUGGGGAAGCCGCGAGAUUGGCGGCAAUCACGAACACUGGAUCAUCUUGGGCGUGGGUAUGGGAAUCUCGGCCUUCGUGCUCUCCCUCCAUAGACGAUGGAGAGCUUCCCGCAGGUAUCUCGACCUAGAGACGCUCUUCGUAGUUGUGUUCAUUCUGGUGCCAGGGCUGGUGAUACUGCUAUACCAGUCUGGCAAGGCAUCUUUGUUUCCCCCAUCACCGGGGGUGUUCAACGAGCCGUUUGGAUGCUGCUCGCAAGCAAUGAUCUUUCCGCGCGUUCAAGUCCCGCCGUUAAUAACAUAUCUUCGGGGGAAGAAAGGACAGGUGGAUCUGAUGCUGAAUGACGUUGCAACGGAGAACGGUCUAGACAGGUAUGCUCUGUAUCCAGUGCAGGCGCAACAUAUAGGUAUUGAAUCAGCGAGGAAGACGACAAAGGACGAGGCUCAAGCUAUCUGGAGCAUGGCUUUUGAGGACUUGGAUGCGAAGGUUCUGAAGAAGGAACAUCAGAAGAUGGUUAGUCAGUACCAAUCAUGGCGGAAUGAGAUUGUGGCUAGAGGGGAAGACUGA